CCCCCACACACUUCUUACUUGAUUGACUAUUGAGGAUUUGUGAUAAAAAAACAAUUUCAACCAUUUUAAGAAAACAGACAUAGCAAUACUAGAAAUGAAAGCCAUGGAAUGCUCUGCCUCACUUUUAUUUGUUAUUCAUUUAUUUAUACAAACCAUAUUAAAUAUUAAUACUGUAAAUAUAAAUGUGCUGCUAUCGGAGGUUGUUGGAGAGCAGGGACAAUUUAACAGUCUUUCAGGAAAAAAAUGGAAGCCAACAUAAACUAAGAGCCUCAACAAUAGUUAUUUUCCCCAUCUCCUCUUAAAACAAUGGUACAAACAGUUGGCUGUAAUAAAGCUGUUGACCACAGACAAAGCCUUACAUAAUGAUAUGCUGAUUAUACUAGCCAACCUAUCUUAUUAGUGCAUAUGUUGGCUGAUAAACAACAAGAAAAUGUGGCAUGUAAAUGCCAAAGAGAUGAACUAAUACAAAAACUCACCAUACUUUGUACAACAGACAACUGACAAAUUUAUUUCAAUUAUUUCAUAAUGUAUCAGACUAAACAGCAAUGUCCCAAAUUGGUAUUCUUUUUUUCUUUCUACAUAAAAAAUAUAGCUUAAUAACUUUGUUUCAGUCACUCACAUCACUUUGUUGAAUUACUCUGGUCACCAUAGAAGUUCUGCUAGUUGUUUCCUGCACUUAUAUCUCAAUAUAGAAAGAAAUCACCCAUAUAAUAACAUUAUAGAAUAAUUAAUAAUUACCCAAUUGCACAACACUAGUUGAAGGAAUUUAGUUGCAUUGUGGAUGCACAGUAUGAGUCCCAUUAUCAGACUUUUAACAUAGAUAAAGUUUUGUGCACACUUCACCAGCAGAUGGUGCACUUUAUACUUUAACCCGCUGCAAGCAGAGCCAAUAAACAGGGUCGAAUUCUAUUCUUGAAAUGGCAAACUGCAUUUUAAUUAACUUGUACCUCUGUGACCUGAACGGAAAUAAAACAUCAUUGAGGACUUGAAUUCCGGCUGAUUGAAUAAGAGUGCAGGCGGUGCAGGUUUCAGGCUCCACUGUGGAUCAGCGUCCAUCCAUCCAGCGGCUGCCUGUCUGUGCGCAGGCUGCACACCACAUCACUCUGAGCCCCGAGGAGGAGCGGAGAGGCAGAGCAGCAGGUCUCCGACAUGGCUAAAGAAGGAGCAGAUAUGACGGAGGAAACCGUGUACAUGAUAGACAAAAACGUGGGGAAAGAAGCAGAAAACGUGGAAUCGUCCGGCGAUCCCAAAGAAAUGCGAGCGGUGAUUCUGGCAGGUUUUGGAGGUCUCAACAAACUCCGGGUAACCAAGAAGGCAAUGCCCGAGCUUCAGGAUGGGGAGGUGAAGAUCCGCGUCAAAGCAUGCGGCUUGAAUUUUCUGGAUCUGAUGGUGCGUCAGGGGACCGUUGAUAAUCCUCCCAAACCCCCUCUUGUCCCUGGGUUUGAAUGCUCUGGAAUAGUGGAGUCAGUAAGUGAAAACACAACAGGAUUUGAGAUAGGCGACAGAGUUAUGGCUUUUGUGAAUUACAAUGCCUGGGCUGAGGUUGUUUGCACGCCAGUGGAUUUUGUCUACAAGAUGCCAGAUGAAAUGAGUUUUGCAGAGGCCGCUGCCUUCUCCCUGAACUUUGUGGCUGCCUAUAUGAUGCUGUUUGAGGUUGCCAAUCUGCGAGACGGGAUGUCAGUGUUGGUUCACUCAGCAGGAGGUGGUGUAGGUCAGGCUGUGGCUCAGCUGUGCUCCACUGUACCUAAUGUCACCGUGUUUGGGAUCGCCUCAUGUUUCAAACACGCAGCCAUCAGAGACUCGGUGACUCACCUCUUUGACAGAAACGUUGAUUAUAUGCAAGAAGUCAAAAAGAUUUCUCCAGAGGGAGUAGACAUUGUGUUGGACUGUCUGUCUGGGGAGAACACAAGCAAAGGCUUAACACUGCUGAAGCCUUUGGGAACUUACAUCCUCUAUGGCGCGUCAAACAUGGUAACUGGGGAAACAAAGAGUUUCUUCAGCUUUGCAAAAUCUUGGUGGCAAGUGGAGAAGGUGAACCCUAUUAAACUAUACGAGGAGAACAAAGUUAUAGCAGGCUUCUCGCUCCUCAACCUCCUCUUCAAGCAUGGGAAAUGUAGUCUUGUGAAAUCAGUGAUGGACAAACUCUUGUGUCUCUAUGACCAAAAGAAAAUCAAGCCAGUAGUGGACUCUCUAUGGGCGCUGGAAGAGGUGAAAGAGGCCAUGCAGAGAAUUCAUGACAGAGGCAACAUAGGAAAACUAAUUCUGGAUGUUGAGAAGGCUCCCACCCCUCUGAUGGCCAGCGACAGCACAGAGACCAGUGAAGCUGGAGAGGAAGAAGAGGAGCCCGAGGGAGACAAUGACAGCAAGGAGCGAAUGCCUUUCAUCCAUUAAACCCUACAAUUCCCACGGCAACACACCUAGAGACUGGAGAAGCUGCACAGAUUCACCACAGGGGGACACACUAUACACAAGUGAUGUGCAGUAUGUAUGUGUGCAUGUGUUGCAUGCAUGUAUGCAUGAAUGUACCGUAUGUAUGUAUCGAAUAUGUUUGUGCCUCUUGUCUGUUACCUACUGUUUGUCAGUUGAUUGGUCAAGCAAAGUUUUUGGGAAAAUGAAAACUGAGAACAUGUUUGUCACCCAGGCAACAAGUGUAAGUGCCAUUCUCAAAAUAGUAUUAUUAUAUUCUUUACUGUAUUAUAAAGUGAUGUUACGCUAGCCAAUGAUGUGAAUAGGUUUGUGUCCAUUUUACAGUUAAUUGCCUCUGCCACCAGUUUAGCAACAGACUGAAUAAGCUUUUAAACCUACUGACUUGCUGUUAUCACUUUGAAAGCACACAUAGUGUCACAUGAUGUCUCUCCCCAACUGUAAAAUGAUAAAACAACUGACAGAAAGUAUUUUGAUGCUUCAGACCAAGGGAGUGAAUCACUUUCUCAUAUUACAAUAAUAAUAAUGCGUACGCCACUAGAGGUAGAGUCUGUGUGUAGGUAUGUGCAUGAUAUUUUAUUCUUAGGUGCCGACCAUGUAAUGUUAUGGGAUCACCAGUGCCUUUGAGCUACAAAUGAGUGUUUGAUACUUGAACUGCUUUCCUCAUGUGAAGUUUGUAUUGAACAAACAAACAACAAAAACAGUGUUUUUAACUGGAAUAUUAAAAAAACGAUUCUUCCUCGUCUGAUCAUAACAUUUGCAGGAAGAUGAAUCUGUGGUGCCGCCGGAGCUCUGACAUAUUUUCCCACUAAACUGUAUAUUCACAGCUUUUACUGAACCACAUAAUAAACGACACUAGGGGUGAAAUAGAACAAAUUGGAGUUUCAAAUUUAUAUCUGUGUCAGAAUCUUGCAGAAUAUAUGUAAAUACAACAAACAUGAGAUAAAUCAGUAAAUUCUGGAGGGUCAUGAAGUGGUCAGUCAGACUGCAGUUCAAGGUUUGUGGAGUCAAUGCUUUGUAUGUCUGACCAAAGUUGUUUACUUGCUGGUGCCUCACAACAAAAGUGCCAUAAGACUCCAACAUGAAUUAUUUUUUACAAUGAGCUGGUUUAUAAAGGCAGGGUGAUUUAGGUUUGAGCAACACUGUGUAUUGAUUUAGUAUGCAGCCAUCGGCUUUACUCCACAUCUGCAAGUUGUUAAUGAAAUGCAAGAGAAGAACAUCUGUCAGGGAUGUUUGCCACAGCCGCCUACUACAGACGGCUGAUCAGUUUUUAUUUUUAAUUUAUCAAGUAAGUGAAAACAAACUGUAUUUUUUGUAUUAUUUCUUCGGCCAUGCUUAUUCAGUGUAUUUUAUAUUGGCUAAUCCUCUGAAUUAUUUAUUACUUGAAUUAUUCAAAUGAAACCAGAGUAUACGUCAACAAAGUAUUUUCUCAACUAUAAAAACAAUAGAAGUGUUAUAAUAAUUCCAUUUCAAGAAAUCCAAAAUGUAUCAGUUGAGUAACAAGAAAAGCUAACAACUUUGAAGUUGAAUGAUAAACGGGGGAGAGACAGUGUUAAUGGGUGUACUAAAGUGAUUAGAUUGAGAAACUGAUUUUGGAAAUAAGGAUAAUGAUGUGUAGACACUUAGGAAAUACAUCUUAAUUUUGAUGCCUUUUAUGUCCGGUCUUUGUGUGUGUGUGUGUGUGAGAGAGAGAGAGAAAGCAUGUUUUAUUAUUUUGAGUGUGUGUGCUCAUAUUGCCUUGUAAAAAAAAAAAAAGAAAGAAGAAAAGUGUGUUUAAAGAAGUGUUUAACAUUGUAGUGUGUUCACAAAAUUCCUUAUAAACUAUGGUUUGCCUGUGGUCGUAUAUUUUCGUCACAUUUUUUUGUUGUGUGCUUUCUUUGAGUACAGCU